ACGAAGAAAGAAAACUUCCGAAACUGGAUCUUACAUAACUACAGAGCGUUUUACUGAAAAACAUAUUAUAGAUAGAUUUUCCCUAAAUAUUGGUUUUUUCCUCUAUCCGCCACAUUGCUAAAGCACAGAAACGUCACAAGUGACAGUGACAGUACCAGUGUUGCUAUUAAAGUGCCGUCAAAAUGCGUAUAUUUUUUGCGGUGAAGAUGUGGUGUAGACGUCAAGCGGCGGCGGCCAUUUUGCCGUUGUUACUCACCGGGUGGCUCACGGGAGAGUCAUCGGAGGCAUUGACAACAUUUGGAAAGAGCAACACCCAACCACCAAAGGACUUAGCACCAACCCCACCACCAGCUCGACCGUGUUCGAAGCAGGCAGAAUGUGCUGGCAUCACCAGCUCCUCCUGCGUGAGGACCCACUACGACCCAGUCACCAGAUGCCUAUGUGGAGACAACCUGCCUCCAGUCAAUGGACAGUGCGAGGCGCCCACUAAAACUUUAUACCACGUCUGUGCGAACAGCGACGAAUGUAACGAUGGUCUUAUCUGUGGAGCCCCGAAUAUAACGAGCGCUGCCCCGGCGCAUAUGCGGGUAUUCACGCCACAGGACAAAAUCUGCCUCUGCGACACUGAAAAUGGGUAUAAAGAAAAGGAACAUGCUUGCAAUGAUGCGGUUAUACUGAAGAUUUCACUGUUCGCUAUCAUCUUCGUGUCUUGUUUACGAAAAUUAAUAUUGUAAUUCACCUAAUGGACCUGUGUUCUAAAACGUAAAUCUAGCAUCCGUCAACCAUAUUUUAAUUCCAU